AUCCAAAUCAAUUUCUCCACCACCGAGAACAUUGCAGUGUGCCACACUCAACAAUCCAAACUAAGCCGGCGAACCAAAGUCACCGUUGUUGUGGUAUAAAUGUCGUGGCAAACCUACGUAGAUGAGCACUUGAUGUGCGACAUCGAUGGCCAAGGCCAGCACCUUUCUUCCUCUGCCAUCGUAGGCCACGACGGCAGCGUCUGGGCUCAGAGCGCCAACUUCCCUCAGUUCAAGCCUCAGGAGAUCAAUGAUAUCAUGAAGGAUUUUGACGAACCAGGCCACCUUGCACCUACAGGCCUACACGUUGCUGGCACAAAGUAUAUGGUUAUUCAGGGAGAGCCUGGAGCUGUAAUUCGUGGAAAGAAGGGAUCCGGAGGCAUCACUAUUAAGAAGACUGGUCAAGCUCUUGUUUUUGGAAUCUAUGAAGAACCUGUGACUCCAGGGCAAUGCAACAUGGUUGUGGAGAGGCUGGGUGAUUAUCUUGUUGACCAGGGCCUGUAGAGAUCUGUCAUGAUCUUUCCUAGCAUUUCUUUUUGGGGAACAAUCCAUUUUUUGGGUGGGAUUUUUUUUUUUUUUUUUAAAUCUUUGGGUCCUGGGUCCGCUUUUCCCUUUAAAGCCACGAAUUGGCAAUGAAGAUGCAGACAAUAACCAUUUGAGAACUAAAAUCAUUGGAUUUAAUUUUCCUUUUUGGAUUAUUAUGUGUUAAUGUGUAUUUAGCAUUCUUUCCGCAAUUUUGUUAUUGCCCUUCGAGUAGUCGUAGCUAAAGAAAAUUCCAUUUUAGCA